AUGGUAUCCUACGAUCCAUACACCGCACAGCAAACCAUCGAAAUGAACGCCAAGCCCGUCGAACAACCAGCAGCGACGAAGCUGUCCCCAGCCGAGGAAGCCUUUGAGCGCGAAAAGGCCGCCAUAACGUGCUACGAGGAAGGCUGGGACCGCUGGGACGGACCCGUCUGGCCGGUUGGCACCAUUCAGUGCCAUUUGCAGGAAGAAUGCUACUGCGAACCCGCCUGCAAAACCGAAACAUGCGAGGCCGCUUCCUCACCAAAGGAGCACCUCGGUGAUCACUGA